UUUGGUGAGGAAAAAGUGUCGGCAAGUCAAAUGAGAUCAACAACAACAACAGCAAACGGUUUAUCCACUAAUUUUCCAACCCAAAAUCAUUCCCACCGUCAUCUAUCCACCGCCACACCACCAUUUGAUGGGUCGGUUCUCCGAAACAAAUUGGCUGCCGAAAACCAAGAAACAUCAUCGUCAUCAUCGGACGCAUGGUCUCACUGGAGGAACAUAAAGCAGCCGAAACUGAUAGUAGCCCCAAUGUACGAUGCCUCCGAACUUCCUUUCAGAAUGUUGUGCCGGAAGUACGGCGCCGAAGCCGCUUACACCCCUAUGCUUCACUCCCGUACCUUUGCCCAGAGUCACAAGUUUCGCUCCAGAGAAUUCACUACGUGUAAGGAAGAUCGUCCGCUAUUUGUCCAAUUUUGUGGAAAUGAUCCAGAUAUCUUACUAGAAGCAGCAUACCAUGUGGAACCCUAUUGUGAUUAUGUUGACAUUAACUUGGGGUGUCCUCAACGUAUUGCUAGGACUGGAAACUACGGUGCCUUCCUUAUGGAUGAUCUUCCACUUGUUAAAUCUAUCGUUGAAAAACUUGCCACCAACCUUACUGUCCCCGUAUCCUGCAAAAUCCGCAAAUUUCCAGCACUGCAAGACACAAUAAACUACGCCAAGUUACUUGAAGAUUCCGGUUGUUCACUGAUAGCUGUCCAUGGCCGGACAAGAGAUGGGAGAACCCAUGAAAAAGCAGAUUGGGAUGCUAUUAAAUCAGUAAAAAAUGCUGUCAAAAUCCCUGUUCUUGCAAAUGGGAAUAUCCGUCACAUGGAUGAUGUUCAAAGCUGUUUAACAAAUACAGGUGUUGAAGGAGUAAUGUCAGCAGAGUCUCUUCUUAAUAACCCAGCAUUGUUUGCUGGAUUCAGAAGUGGCGAAUGGGUGUUAGAUGGUGAUGAUGGGUUUGAAGAUGGAAAACUGGAUUGUUUGAGCUUAGUGGUGGAGUACUUGAAGCUUUGUGAGCAAUACCCCGUUGGAUGGAAGAUAAUAGUUUCGCAUAUGUAUGGAAUGUUGAAAAAAUGGUUUGAGGUGCAUCCUGAUAUAAGGGAUGAUUUUAAUAUAAAAAGAAACCUUAGCUUUGAGUAUCUUUACAGCUUGGUUGAUCGGCUUCGGGAUCGUGGUGUUCAGUUCCCUCUUUAUUUGAAAAGGACUCGGCCGUUAACUUGACAUCUUUCCUACUUGAAUAUUUAUACAUAUGUAAACUUAGCUUACGAAGUUACCAUUCUUUCUGUUGCAAACAUUCAUAAAGAUCCUGAACUGGAAAUUCGUUUAUGCUCCAUUUAUGACAUUUUAUACGUGCGUGUUAUACAGAUAUAAUUCUUGAGUUA